CUUGUAUUUGGUCUGAUGAUGCUGAUGGCGGCUCUUUUAUAUCUACUGUGUUUGCUGGGGCAGGGUAUUGUGACGCGGCUGUCAGGUGACGUCACGCGCCUCGGCCCCGCCCCCCGGGAGCGCGUGAGAGAGCACCCAGGUAGAUGCUCAACAGGUGCGUCUCACACCUGCGGUCCGCUCCGGGAGUCAGCUUGUGAAACUCGAGCCGCGAUGGGUCGGAAGGAGAUCGACUGCAGCUGGAAGAAAAUCACCAACAACAUCAAGGACAUUUUCGACUUCAAGGAAGUUCUGGGGUCGGGCUCGUUUUCUGAGGUCUACCUGGUGAGAGAGAGAAAGACCGGGAAUUUCUACGCCCUGAAGUGUGUGAAGAAAAAACAGCUGCACCACUCGAACCUCGAGAACGAGAUCAAAGUGCUGAAGAGGAUAAAGCAUGAUAAUGUGGUGGGACUGGAGGAUUUCUACGAAACGAGAACACACUAUUACCUGGUCAUGGAGCUGGUGUCGGGCGGAGAGCUCUUUGACCGUAUUCUGGAUCGAGGUGUUUACACGGAGAAAGACGCCAGCCGUGUGAUCAAACAGGUCCUGGAGGCCGUGUCCUACCUGCAUCAGAACAGCAUCGUCCACAGAGACCUGAAGCCUGAAAACCUACUGUACUACAGUUCGGAUGAGAACGCCAAGAUCAUGAUCAGUGACUUCGGUCUGUCCAAGAUGGCCGAUCACGGCGUGAUGUCCACAGCCUGCGGAACACCAGGAUAUGUUGCUCCGGAGGUUCUGGCUCAGAAACCGUACAGUAAAGCUGUGGACUGCUGGUCUAUCGGCGUCAUAACCUACAUCUUGUUGAGCGGCUACCUGCCGUUUUAUGAGGAGAACGAAACGCGCCUGUUCUCCAAAAUCAUGAAGGCAGAAUACGCCUUCCACUCGCCGUACUGGGACGAAAUCUCUGAGUCAGCGAAGGACUUCAUCAGGCACAUGCUGGAGAAAAACCCUAAUAAACGUUUCACCACUGAACAAGCGCUCAGUCAUGCAUGGAUCAUUGGAGACACGGCGCACAAUGACAACAUCAUUCAGCCCGUCUGUGAGCAGAUGCAGAAAACCUUUGCCAAAUCCAAGUGGAAGCGAGUCAUUAAUGCGACGGUGGUGGUCAGUCACAUGCGGCGACUGCAGCUGUCCCACACUGACCCUCCGGCCCUGACCCCGGCCCCGCUGAUCCAGGUUCUGGACGUCUCGUCCCCCGGCCCGCCCCCGGAUAAGCUGGACACCAAUGGGAACCCCUCGUGCAGUCACAUGACCCUGUCGCCUCAAGCUGAUGUCAGCAGGGGCCGGGGCCCACUAAAGGCCUGCAACAGUGAGCCGAUGCACGCGCUGGUCAUCUGUGAGACGGGGCAACACGUGUACUGCUCCGAGUCCGACCUGCCCUGCGCCGCCAACAGAUCAGACAGAGUGACAUGUUGCACAGAUGAGCGGGGCCAGUCGCUGCAGACCGGGGUUUGCUCUGUGAUGUGAUGGGAUGAUUGACAGCUGUCAGUCAAAUGAAAUCCUGCGCUCGUAGGAUGAUCAAGUGUGUGUUUUUCACGGGAUCGGUCGCACGUCGGAUCCACACGAGUGCCAGUUGUCUGCGUCUCAAA